CUAAGUGACCCCUGAUAAAUUAUUUUGUUCCAGCUAAUGAAAAAUGUGAAAAUGACUUCAAAAAAGGUCACCAUUAAUGAGAAACCUAAGGUGACCAAAAUGGGAUUGUUCAGACGCUCAGAAUCUGUCAUGCCAUCUGGUUUCAAGAAGCCCACUGAGGCUAAUAAUACCGAUGCUAGUGAUACUGAUAACAAGAACCUUAUUCGUCGUAGUUCUAUGAUUUGUUCCGAAGGAUUUGACAAGUAUACUUAUGAUUGUCAUAGACACGACAUUCCUGCUCGCUCUGUUGGACUGGAGUUGGAAGCUUCUGCUUUUAAUGAAGAAGCUAAUGUUAGAAAUGUGACUUUACCUAGCAAACCUACUUUACCAGGUAAAAAAACUUCUAUAUUAAAGAAAACUGUUAGCUCUAAGUGCCCUCUGAUUAAAAGAGAUUCUGUUGUGCAUCCUGGACGAAUUGAUAUGCAACGAUCAUUAUGCAUUGGCGGUAGAUUUCAGAAUCCUUGGCCUACAUGGAGACCUCCAACAUUUACAAAUAUUUUGAAGUUUGGUAUUACAAGAGAUAAAAGCAAAGUGCCACCAAAGCAGGAACUGGAAUUAGUGUUACCAAUUGUAAAACAGAAUUUUGCAAAACUUUCAAUUCCAGAGGAUGGAAUACGUGUUACUUGGAUUGGCCAUUCUACAGUUCUUGUUCAGAUGCAUGGUCUAAAUGUUUUAACUGAUCCAAUAUUUAGCGAACGAGCCUCUCCUAGCCAGGUUGUUGGUCCUAAACGAUACAGAGAUCCUCCUUGUUCUAUUCAUGAUCUUCCUCAUAUCAAUGCAGUUGUAAUAAGUCAUUCUCAUUAUGAUCAUUUGGAUUAUAAUACUGUAUUACUUUUGAAUGCUAGGUUUGGUACUGAUAUUCGUUGGUUUGUGCCUUUAGGGCUGCAGACAUGGAUGCAACAGGUGGGUUGCGAGAAUGUAGUUGAACUUGAUUGGUGGGAAGAAAACUGUGUGCCAGAACAUAGUGAUACAUUUUUUGUUUUUACCCCAGCUCAGCAUUGGAGUAAGAGGACGAUUGCUGAUGACAAUAAAGUGUUAUGGGGAAGUUGGUGUAUAUUAGGCCCUAAAUAUAGAUUUUUCUUUGCUGGUGACACUGGGUAUUGUGAUGUUUUCAAACAAAUUGGAAGAGUGCAUGGCCCAUUUGAUUUGUCAGCAAUUCCCAUUGGAGCUUAUGAGCCAAGAUGGUUUAUGAAAUAUCAGCAUAUCAAUCCUGAAGAAGCGGUACAAAUACAUAUGGAUGUUCGUAGCAAGCGCUCCCUAGCUAUUCAUUGGGGUACAUUCUCUCUUGCAAAUGAGUAUUAUCUGGAUCCACCACUGAGACUAAGAGAAAGCUUAGACAAGUAUGAAAUUCCUCAUGAGCUUUUUUUUACAAUGAAACAUGGAGAAAGUAGAUUGAUUGCUCAAAAUAACUUAGUCAAAAGAAAUCUUUUAACAGUGCAAAAUAACAGAUAGUCCAAGAAUUUUUUUAAGAAUAUUGACAUACAAUUAAAGCAUAUAUUAUUUUUUAGAGAUCAAAUUUUUGUUCUCUUGUAUUCUGAGUGAUUAAAGAAAAAGACCAGUGCAUGCUGUGUAAAUAAUUGAAACAGCUAAAAAUGAAAAUUUGCAGUUUAAUGUUGUAAAUGUUAAUAUAAAAAUAAAAACUUGUCUAAUUUGUUUCAUA